AUGGUGAUAGAAGUUCUUAAACGUCGUAAUAUCUCUUACGUUGUUGCUCCAUAUGAAGCAGAUGCUCAGUUGGUAUACCUCGAAAUGAAUGGAUAUAUUCAAGCAAUAAUCUCCGAAGAUUCUGACCUGCUUGUAUUCGGUGCACAAUGCAUGCUCACUAAGAUGGACAAUGUGGGAAAAUGUAUUGAGGUGCGACGGGACAAGUUCCACACUUGUCAAGACUUGAACUUGGCUGACUUUAAUGAUGAAAAUUUGAGAGUAAUGGCUAUUUUGUCAGGAUGCGACUACUCGCCUGGAAUAUCUGGAAUUGGUCCUGUCAAAGCAUAUAAUCUUAUCCGAAAGUAUCGGGAGUUUCACCGCGUAAGUUUACGGGUCACUGAUAUCAUGUUGUUUUAA